AUGUCGUGCGGCACGAAAGAGGCGCUGGUCUUUAGCUUGGGGCUCAUCACCGGCACAGGCACGACUUUAACUGGCAAGAUCUUGUACGGCGUGGACUCGAUCGGUCUGGACGGCGAAGUCAAGAAGUUCGAGAAGCCCAUUUUCCAGACAUGGCUCAUGUUCCUCGCCAUGAUCUUUGCCUUACCCAUUCACUGGGCGUACCGCUAUCAUGUCGAGCGGAAAUGGCGUCGCAAUAAGCGCAACAUCAAGUACCGCUACCACAUUCCACGCAAAACGUACUUCUUGCUCGCUCUUCCUGCAGCGUUUGACCUGCUGGCAACGUUUGUGGCCAAUCUUGGCCUUCUCUACGUCACUGUCAGUGUGUUCCAGCUGAUGAAGUGCACUGUCAUUGUGUUUGUGGCGCUGCUCAAAGUGUUUGUCCUCAAGGACCGACUUCGCAGUUACAUGUGGAUCGGCAUUGGGUUCAACAUGGUAGCAGCGCUGAUGGUGGGCGCCACAAGUCUCGCAGACUCGGGCGCGCAAGGCAACAACGCGGAAGACCAGCACCCAGCGUUUGGCGUGAUGAUGGUGGUACUGAGCUGUGCCAUUCAGUCGGUGCAAUACGUCUUUGAAGAGAAACUGAUGGACGAAGGCGACAGUGCACCUCCUCUGGUGGUAGUGGGCAUGGAAGGCGUGUGGGGCCUGAUCCUGACCACGUUCGUCAUUUACCCGAUCGCAUAUUUGGUCCCAGGCAACGACUUGGGCUCGAAUGAACGACUUGACGAUGCGUGCGAGAUGCUGAUGAACAGCGGACUGGCCCAGGCGAUCGUCCUCAUUUACUUGCUGGUGAUUUUGGGCUACAACGUCUUCGCCGUGUCGGUCACCUACCUGCUGAACUCUAUCUGGCACGCGAUUCUCGACAACUUCCGUCCGAUCACGGUCUGGGGAGCAGAUUUGAUGCUGUUUUACCUCUUCACGCAGGGCCAAUUCGGUGAACGCUGGACGAUCUGGAGCUGGCUGCAGCUUGCUGGCAUGAUAACUCUGUUGGCAGGCACGGCAGUGUACAAUGGCACACUGCGUCUUCCCGGCUUCGUGUAUUUGGAGCCAUUGGAGCCAGCGCUGGCGUCAAUUCGUACGCCGGAGGCCCUCACUGCGUCCACGUUCUCUCGGUCGCCUUUGAUCACGCGCAACGCCAUGAAAGCAGCCGAAAUCGCACGUCGGACACCCAAUGCCAAUGACCGCGAUCGUGUCCGCCGCGAAUUCAUGACUGAGUACCAGCCGUUGGCCGACGCAGAUACUCGACGGCGGAUUGAUCCGGCAGGACAUACGUAUGGAUCGCUGGAGGCAUAA